UGGUGAAACCAAAAAUGGCGACGCAGACGAUGGACGACAUGAUAGUCCAGCUGAUGGCCAUGGGGUUCGAGCUGCCCGACUGCCAGGAUGCUGUACAGUAUGGGAAAAUCUCAGUCCAAGAAGCUGUGGAGUGGAUAAUCGCUGGUAAACCUGGGAUGGCAAAAGAUAGUGCUCAGCCCACACUGAAGUUGUCAAAGGAUACAAAUGCAGCUUCCUCCAAUCCAUUUGUGAACCCCAUUUCUCUACCCGAACCAUCCGCGAAGCCGGACACGACGGGCCAGGCAGCAUCCUCUUCAGCAGCUGGAGAGCAGGAGGCAGAGGAUCUGGUGGUCAGUCGUCUGCAUCUCUCAUCACAGCAGCGGAAGGUCAAGAACAAGUUUGAAGAAAGAGUGAGAGAAGAAGCACAGAAGCAAGCGAAAGAGGAAAAGAUGAAAGCAAAACAGGAGCGGGCCAGAAUCCUACAGCAAAUUGCAGAGGAUCGGGACAAGGCAAAGGUCAUGAGGGUUCACGGCCUAUCAUCGGAGAACGUUGCUGACUGUGAGUCUCCCAACAAGAAGGCUGCCACAGGGAGUGCCACAGGGAGCUCCACAGGGAGUGCUACAGGGAGCGUCACAAGCCCCGAGACCAAACCAGUUGACAGAUGCACGCUCCAGAUUCGAUUCCCUGAUGGUCGAGUCCUGCGCCAGUCCUUCCAGCCGAGUGACACCCUCGACACCGUGUGGGACUUUGUAUACAGCAGAAACAGAAGCAUGACCAACAUGGCCUUCAUACAGCCAUUUCCUCGUCGAGAAUUCAGCCAAGAAGAACAGAAGCAUAGCUUGGUGGAGUUGGGUUUGACCCCUACAGGGUCACUGGUGCUGCAGAAUAGAAGCACCCCAGCCUCACAGACUGGGUCUCGCACUGAACAGGCCCAGGAUGAUGUUGAGCCGCCAUUAGUGAACCCACCAGAAGCAGUUGGGAAUGCAAAUGCUGCUGCAGAUGCUGCUCCUGAGGAGGAGGAAGCCAUGGAAGAUGAAGCUCCGCCUCCUGGUCCUCCCCCUGGCCUGCCCCACAUGCCAGACAUCCUCCAGAACCCCGCCUACAGAUGGGGACGGGGCCAAAGGCUGGAUAACGAAGAGGACCGAGGGCAAGCUAUGGCUGAAGACCAGGAAGUUGAAGAUGAAGAUGAAGAGGAUGAAGACUUUAUGGGGAACAUUCUUGGUGGUAUGGGAGGGAUGCCGAGAAUGGGAGGUCACCGAGCUAUGAGACAACAGGCGUUUGGAGGAGUUGGUCAGAUGCUGGUAGCACAUGCACAUCCAGGGGAUGACAGGGGACAUCACAGCAGGCCAGCAGCCCAGCUAGCAGCCGAAGCAGCUCGCCACCGAUUCGUUCAGCCAGGCCCUGCCGACCUUGAACCUGAGGUCAUGUGUCAAGGUCAGCAUCUGACCCAUGAUGUGUCAUCCUUACUUCGCUUGUGCAUCUACCGUGUUUCCCGGCGCCUGUGUGACCCCCGCCACCCCCUCCUGUCUCUGGGAGGCAUCGCAGAGGAGUUGGCGCAGAAGUUGCUUCAACAGCUGAUGAAGGAGGGCAAGCUGAAAGCAAAAACACUCCAAGUAUUUGUGCCAUGUUACCUGCGGAAGUUGAUGUUUGACAGCUACCCAUACACAACAAAUGAACUGUUACAUGCAAUCAGAUACCAUGUGAACCUUGUACACUUAAGUCUCUCCUCCUGUACCCUCUUCACUGACCAUGGACUCAAACCACUUGCAGGUUUAAAGAAACUGAAGGUGUUAAACUUGGGAUCAUGCCGUCAACUCUCAAACAAGUGUCUUUCAGCAGUAGCAGAACUUCCAAGUCUUCAAAAUCUGAACCUAGAUAACACUGUCAUAACGGAUGCUGGGUUUAUCGACUACCUCAAGAGCAGCUCCCAUCAACUGUUGCACCUGAACCUGAGCAGAACAGGUGUCAGUCAUGUUGUCAUACCACACCUUAGAGUUUUAUCCAAAUUGAAGUCCCUGUACCUAGAACAGACAAAGGUGUGUAGUUUAUCAGGAAUCCAGGAUUUAAAGGAACUGGAAAUAUUAGAUGUUGCCAACACAGAUAUUGGGACAGACUCUCUGCUGUGUCUGUCUGGUCAUCCAUCACUCACAUGUCUUAGUGUGGCCAAUACAGAGAAUGUGGUGGGAGAUCUCGCCCUGCAGUAUCUCACAGGUUUGAAAUUGCACACUUUAUAUCUUCCAAGUAGACACACAACAACAAGCCAAGGACUUGCACAUCUUGUUGGUUUACCUCUGACCAGCCUUGACCUUACCAACUACAUCAAUGUGGGGGAUGAAGGCUUGAUACACAUAGGGAAGAUAACAAGUCUAAAGAAGCUUCUUCUCAAUAACACCAAGAUAACAGAUGAAGGCAUGCUGUACCUGGAGGGUCUGGUGAACUUGGAAACACUCUUUCUCGACCGAACACUGGUGUCUGAUGUCGGAGCGUCUCGUAUGAAAGCUUUCACCAAGCUGGAAGAACUGAGUCUUUCAUCCACAUGUAUUACAAGCCAGUUCCUGUGUAGUGGGUGCCUCAACUCCUGCCACCUCCUGAGCAAGCUCAACCUCAGCAGGACCAGCGUGUCCGACAAAGGAAUUCGCUCCCUGAAGUUGAUGUCCUUGACUCUCCUCAACCUGGAUGGCACCCACGUCCAUCCUGAAAUCAUUUCAGUUGUGCAGAGUAACUGUCCAAACAUCCGCAAUAUCACCCUGGCCAGUCUCAACCCAGUCAGAGAAGAGGAGGAGGAUAUGGAGGUGUGAGGAGAUACGGGAAGAUGUGAGGAGAUACCGGAAGAUGCGAGGAGAUAUGGGAAGAUGCGAGGAGAUACAGGAAGAUGCGAGGAGAUAUGGGAAGAUGUGAGGAGAUACGGAAAGAUGCGAGUAGAUACCGGGAGAAGCGACGAUAUACGGGAAGAUGCGCGGAGAUAUGGGAAGAUGUAGGACAAUACGGAAUAACAUAGGAUAUAUGUGUGAGGAGCUACAGGAAGAUGUGAGGAGAUAUUGGAAGAUGCGUUGUGGUAUAUUGUGUGACAUUGACAAUGGGAGUUUUCAUGUACCAUGAUUAACUAUGUGACAGGGUUCCAGGUACCAGAUUUGUGUUGAAAACAUGCAACUAGUUUUCCUGAUGGCAUUGGUGUGAUGCCAUUCAUUAAAUCUGUCAUUAGAAGUAAUUUACAUGAUAUUGUUGAAAUAAACGUCAUUAAAAAUGUAAAAGAACUUUGAUGCCACCUGUAGCACACAAUACUUCUGUCUUCUUUCAGUGUAUCGUUUGAUUCUUUAUGGACAGUGGGGUAGCAUAGUUUUUAAAAUGUUCGCUCGUCAUGCCGAAGACCCGGGUUCGAUUCCUGACAUGGGUACAAUGUGUGAAGCCCAUUUCUCGUGUCCCCCACCAUGAUAUCGCUGGAAUAUUGCAAAAAAACAUAAAAUCAUACUCACUCACAUACUUUGGACAAUAACUAACCCCUACAAACCCCCUCCAGUCUGUUGAGUAUUUCUCAACCAGUGAGUAGAUGUAUUUUAAAAAUAAUUUGACUUAAAUUGCCAUCUUUGCACACACAAAUACUAUGUUUGUGCCACUUGUGGAUUUCACUCCUGCUGAUGUUUGGUAGCCUUCUGAAGGUAAUGGCCCAUCUAUAACCUACCCAGAAUUUUUAUCUUUACCACACCCCUCUCUUCCAGAUUCUAUCUGUCAAAUAAGUGUCUAAAAUGCAAAGGGAACCUCACCUUAGUGUUUGUAAGAUGUGUGGAUGCUCAGACGUUCACAUUGUGAUGUGUGUGAGGCAGGUUGUGUGAGAUGCUGGAAUGAUACGAGACAGAAUUGUAGAGGAUGUGCAAGUGCAUGUGUGUGUGAGGUCAGACCUAAUGAUCCACGUAAGUAUUGGUCUGAUAGGUGGAACUUGUAGUUUAAUUUAUUUGACAAUGAAGACAGUUUAAAUAGGGAUCGCUAUUCCCCAUGCAGAGUUGUGUCCCUUUGCCCUUACAGGAUCUGGCUGUAGCAUGUGUAGUGGGCCUGAUUAGGAUUCUAUGUCUGACCUGUGUUACUUCAGGCUUUUCUCACACAUUAUGCUGACAUGCCAUGGUAUAAUUGAUAGAUAGUUCAAAGUGGUGUCACGCCAACUCAAACACUCGAGGAUUGUGUACCCUUUAUUGAUAUUUGCCGACACGUGCAUGACCAGAUUUCUUUUUCUUCCCAGUAGUGAAAAAAAAAUUAAGAUUUUCCUCAUUUACAUUUCUUAACAACCAUUAUGAUUUGGGCUGAAGUACGGUAUUCUGAACCAAAUUCCGCCAGUAUGAUUCAGUGAAAUAUAUUUUCAAUGUUGUAUAGUGUACAUUGCCAGUUAUUUAAAUGGAUGUUAAUGCCCGACAGGCAUUGCAACGUACACAACCAAUAAUCUAAAAAGUAUGACGAUGUCGUGCUAUUGUUCUUGCAGUUGAAUCUGAGCCAGAAAUUAACUAACCAUUCUUAAACUUCCAUUUUAACAAGUAAAACUGAUGCAACUAUAGGUCAUUAUACAAAAUUGAAGAGAAAUCCUAUGUCAUUAAUAACAUGGUUGAAGUCAGAGUAAUCUCUUGAAUCUGUUGAUUCUGAAAGUAGAAUCAAUGUGCCAGGAGGGGCUUGUUGAUACUUUUCCUGGAAUAGACAGAAUCAGUUGAUGCUUGUGAUGGGAAUCUGGCUGAUAAGGCACAAUGCCAAAAAACAGUUAUUUCACCACAAUCCAUACAGUUUGUCAUUCUAAUUGUUACUGUUUUUCUUUUUAAUUACUAUUAAGGCUUAACCUUGAUCUUCCGAAUUGCCUAAAUUUGGGAUUGGCACAUUUUCUCUUAUUUAUUCUACGAAUGGGGAAGGUACCUUUAUCUAAAUGGCAAAAGUCUCUUGCUAAAAUCUAAACUUUACUUUUCUUUACAAAACUUCAUUGAUUUUUUUAAUUUCUGUAUAUCAAUUAAUUUCUUCAUUGUGAUAUAUAAAUAUUUUUAUGAUCAUUUUAUUUUGAUGAAUUAUUUAUAUUUAUGAGGAUUUAAGCUAUACAGGUUAAAAAUGUUUUUUUAGAGUCAUCUGAAGAUCUUUGUGUGGAAAUUAGAAGUAGGAUAUUAAACUGAGGACAAGAUGCUAUGAAUGAUGAACUUAUUCAUUACAAUUUCAUGGCAAAUAGUUGCAAGAUUUCUGAGCAGCAUUAAGCAAUUGCUACAAUUGAAUUGAAGAAUUUGAUCAUUCAUACUCUCUUGUUAUCUGUAUAUAUCAAGAGUAAGUGUUUUUGUGUUUGAGCUCUUAUCAUAGUUGUUAACUGAUACACCUGGAACACAAAGUCUUUAUAUCUGAAAUUUACUUUCAAUUAUUGUGCUUCUCAUCUCAUAUAUUCCUUAAAACUUUCCUGUCAACACCCACAUGAGAAGUGUAGGUUUGUUUUCUGGUGCCUGAUGUUUAAUACUGAUCUGUUAAAGGCCUAAAGUUAAAUUAUACUGUUGUUAUUUAUUAUGCAUACGUCCUGUAAAAGGAUAAAUCCCACACCUUACAACAAAUAAAAAGAAACCAACAACAUUGAUUUCAACAUCGCAAGGGGAACAAGACUCCUAACAAUCAUCAUUCCUAGAAUAGGACAAGGUAGGAUAUAGGCCCUUGUUGCCAAAUUGAAAAUUUCAAAUUUGGUCUUUAAAGUAAGUCUGAAAAUAAAACAUCAAAGCAGAGAAAAACCAGUAAUCUAUGGAAUAGGAUUCCUUUGGGAGUAAAAGGUAAAAUAGUGAAAAAGGUAAGCAUGUCCCCCCGAACACAAUUUGCAUAACACAUGUUAAAAAGGCCCACAGCGUGUGUUUUUUCUUUUGUCAUUGUUGCAAGCUUUUACUUCUGACUUGGGUCUCAUUCCACAAAGCAAAUGUAGUGGUAAGAUCGUAACUCCAAUACUUUAACAUAGACUCAUGACAGUCGUAGCUCUAUCAUCACUUUGUGGAACGGGGACCUGACAUUAACACAUGGUUCACAUGGUUGGAUGGAGUGAAGAAGGAUGACAUUUCACAC